AUGUUCCUUCUCCUGUAUUUGGUUUUCCUAAUCACUUACGGAGGAAGCGUGGAAGAGAGAUCAAGUCUAGACGAUUAUAUCUACGAUCAGUUCAACGGAUACAGACAAUCAAUAGCGAAUGGAACAGCCUACAAGCUUGGCGGUUAUCUACCAGGCUCCCUCUCCUUGUUCACACUGGUACGUCGCUAUAUAGAAUCAUUCAAGGUGUACUGUGCAUAA